CAAGCAGUCAGCAGUAAAACUGGGUCAUUGUCAUUGCUUUGUCUUCCAGCAUGACAUCGACCCAAAACAUACCAGGUCAAGAACUGCCUCCAGAAUACCAAAAGGAAUGUUACUGACUGGCCUGCACGACGCCCUGACUUUAAAAUCUGUGGGGUGAACUGAAGAUCAAGAUCCAUGCCAGAAGACCAUAAAUGUGAGAAACCUUGGUGAGAUCUGCCAAAAGUAGAAUGGUCUGGGAUUCCUCAGCAGAUAAAUGUGAGACUUGUUGAAAAAUACAUCAAAUGACUGCAGGUUGCUAUCAGCAAAAAGGAUAAAUAAUUUGUAAAAUAAUGUGAAAGGCUUUUGUGAAGAAUUUUAUUUCUGUGUGCAAAGCAGUGUGUUCCUGACUGAUGAUGCACUGUAGUUAUGAUAAGCAAGACCAUGCAAAGAUAACACAAGUUUCAAAUAUGCAAACAUACACGUAGCAAAGGAAGUGGUCAAAAGGCAAAAAAUGACAGAUGAUAAUCAUACUUGCCAACAAAGCAAACUGCUCUAUAAAAGGCUCAACCUGAGACUCCUACAGUACAAACAAAGGUUAACCAUUUUGCUGGCAUCAUGUUCGGUCUGCAGAAAUUUCUCCUCCUCCUUGUUCUGACCUGCUUUGGACAACUCUUGCAUGGGGGUGACAUCAUACAUGGAGGAAAAACCCCGGAGAGUUCAAUGCGAUAUAUGGUCUCUGUGCAAAACAACGGCGGUCAUGUGUGUGGAGGGUUUCUCAUCAGUAAUAACUUUGUGGUCACUGCCGCACACUGUUAUCAUGACCACCCCACGCAUGUUGUUCUUGGCAACCACAAUCUCAAGAAUGGCCAAGUAGUUGAGAUUCAAAAAAAAUUCGUCCAUAACAGUUACGAAAGCCCUGAGACGGGUGAUGACAUCAUGCUUCUAAAAUUGGCAACCACAAACGGUCUACACGAUGUAAUUCAACUUCCGCAUGCUGAAAUAGAUCUAACAGCAAAUGAAGUGUGCCAGGUGGCUGGAUGGGGAAAAACUAUGACUGGUGGUAAAAAUGUUGGUGAGCUGAGGGUGGUGGACGUGUCUGUCAUUAACCCGCAAGUCUGUAAGAAUCAAUGGCCUCAACUUCCUGCCAAUGUUAUCUGUGCAGGUGGAUAUGGCACAAACAAAGGAUUCUGUCAGGGUGAUUCUGGUGGUCCUCUGGUGUGCAAAGGGUUUGCUGUUGGUAUCGUUUCUUUCAACCACAACAGAAAUUGUAACUACCCAGAUAAACCCAACGUCUACACGGACAUCUCAAAAUACCUCCAAUGGAUCGACAUCAUUCUACAAAACAACAAAACAUUUUGAGUAAAAUCCCUCAAGUUUUGCUUUUCGUAUUAUUGAAAUGUCAGCAUUUCUGAUUGCUCUGUCAAUGUAGCCAAGACAGAAAUUAAAAAUAUUCCCUGCAUGAAA